AUGAUUUCCAGUUCCUGGCAACACACAAAUUGGAAGGAUAUUAACAUGCUGGGAAUUAGCGACGAAAUGGCCAACCAAUGCUCGGGUCACGUUUUCGUCAUCGUGCAGGCGACAAACGGGAAUAUCCUUACCUGGCGAUGCUCUGACUGCAACUCCGGUCCGCUAAGAGGAAUCACGUCACGCAUGCUUUUUUUGCCUCUCGAUCGUUUGAUUCGUACAUUUCCUGGAACUUCGAAAAAGCCUUCUGCAGCACUCCUCGCGCCAUACCUGCCGAAAGCCUAUCAGCCCUUUCUUUGCGCCAUUUGA